AUGACAUCCAACACUGGCCCUCCGUUUAUUGCUUCCUUAUAUGAUGUGUGCGUAAACUCAUUCAACCAGCUCUUUGAUCUCUUGCAGGAGCCCGACUGCGACUUUUUGAGUCAGCUAUCUGCAACAGCCCUUGAAGAAGAACUUGGGCGCUUUAGGGUUUGGGCUGGAAAUUCUGGAGCACAUCAGAAAGGAAGGGUCUCCCUUGACCAUAAACUAAGAGAAGCGUCUCGUGUUCAUAAAAUGGUAAGAGACCUGCUGGGAGACCUUGACGACGCUUUGAAUGAGGUCAUCUCAAUUGUUUCUUAUGAGAGAAAACCCUUCGACGAUCAAUCGCUUUCUCCAGGCUCUUCUUUAUAUUCACUCCAGGAUGACCCCACAGGGGAUCCCGAAGAGCAACCGAAUCCGACCAUCGAACUUACCGAACUCCAAGAACAGUUCGGCCAAAUCUGUCACGUUAUCACUUGUUUGUACAAGUUAUCUAUAACCAUACGCAAUCCAGCCCCGCGCGACAGACUUAAGAAGUGUGAAUCUAUCAAAAUCUCACAUUUUGAGUUUUUCGAUAUCCGACACGCUGGUGAAAAAUAUCCCAGAGUGCGGGAUUUUCUGCGAGAUCGCCUUGGAAAAGCGAAUACUAAGCGUCGACAACUCUUUAGGUACCAUAAAGAGCAUCAUGAUAAAUUAUCUCAGAAUAUCAACGUUCCACGGCCAGUGAAUUUUCCAGUCAUUCAACACGGCCAGAAUAAUGAGGCUAGUGCCGGAGGGGAAGAAUUGAAAAUGACAAAAAAUGACCAUGAAAACUUAUUGGAAGGUCAUUCUCAGAUUGAGAAAGGCCCCAGUACCAUUGCCAAAACAGUAAACACACUGACAACUAUUUCAACAUAUGUCCAGAGCCCAUCAAAUCAGAAGAUCGAAGUAAUCGACCUCGAUGAUAGCCUAUCGCAGACCUCAUAUGCACCAUCCAUAGCAGCGACAGGGAGUACCAUCCAUGUACCUCUUCCUCCCGAUGCCGCAGAAACUCUUGACGGCAAACCUUUCGAAUGUCCAUAUUGUUGCUCCAUAAUCAGUGUGAGCAGUGAGAUUCCUUGGAUAAAACAUGUAUAUCGGGAUCUUCGACCUUAUGUUUGUACAUUCGAAAAUUGCAUUAAACCCGAUCAAAUAUUUGAUACUCGACACGAUUGGUACAACCAUGAAGUUGAAGUACAUAGAAGAGAAUGGUUCUGCAACACCUGCCGCAAAGCUUUGACCAAUAAAACACUCUUCGAAGACCACCUUAGACAGAGCCAUCACACAUUGUUUACUGAGGAACAAAUACCUACCAUGGCUGAGAGAUGCGAAAGAGCUAUAGAUCAGGAACAAAUUUGCCCGUUGUGCGGGGAGAAGUAUAAUUCUAAACGUUUGAAGAGCCACCUAGCACGUCAUAUGCAGCAAUUGGCAUUAUUUACGCUCCCAAAAAGGCUCGAUGAAACAGAUGACCAUGGAGAAUCUUUAGGAGCUCAAGCCUCAAGGUCAGAUGAAGAGGAAAUGGAGGAUGAUUUGAACGAGGUCGAACUAGAAUUCGACUCGGAUCCAUCUCAGGGAAGUGCGGACAAUAUCCUUGAUGCCGAGAACGAGAUUUCAGAAGAAGAGGAAGAAAUAGCUGCAGCUGAGAUAGGGGAAUCUGACCCCGCAAAAUCGCCACCAGAGCGAGUCAAAGACUCUACUGAUAGUACGAAGCCGCUAUACCUCGAGACUUCAAGUAGGGCGGAUAAGCUUAAGGUGGAGAUAAUGCGAGAGAUGAGAAGGCUUGAUUUAUACUCGAGCUUGACAGUAUCAAAUGAUUACGAUAAGGCGUUGAUAUCAGCAGCGGGAAAGGAACACGAGGGACUGGUGAAGAUGCUCAUUGAGAUAGGUGCCGACGUCAACGCCCAGGGAGGACUCUACGGAAACGCUUUGCAGGCAGCAGCUUAUAGGGGUAACAAAAAGAACGUGCAGCUUCUUAUUGAACAUGGUGCCAAUGUCAACGCCCAGGGAGGGCACUACGGAAACGCUUUGCAGGUAGCAGCUUAUCAUGGCAACGAAAAGAACGUGCAGCUUCUUAUUGAACGUGGUGCCGAUGUCAACGCCCAGGGAGGGCCCUACGGAAACGCUUUGCAGGCAGCAGCUUAUCAUGGCAACGAAAAGAACGUGCAGCUUCUUAUUGAACGUGGUGCCGAUGUCAACGCCCAGGGAGGGCACUACGGAAACGCUUUGCAGGCAGCAGCUUAUCAUGGCAACGAAAAGACCGUGCAGCUUCUUAUUGAACGUGGUGCCGAUGUCAACGCCCAGGGAGGGCACUACGGAAACGCUUUGCAGGCAGCAGCUCAUAGGGGUAACGAAAAGACCGUGCAGCUUCUUAUUGAACGUGGUGCCGAUGUCAACGCCCAGGGAGGGCACUACGGAAACGCUUUGCAGGCAGCAGCUCAUAGGGGUAACGAAAAGACCGUGCAGCUUCUUAUUGAACGUGGUGCCGAUGUCAACGCCCAGGGAGGGGAGUACGGAAACGCUUUGCAGGCAGCAGCUUAUAGGGGUAACGAAAAGAACGUGCAGCUUCUUAUUAAACUUGGUGCCAAUGUCAACGCCCAGGGAGGGAAGUACGGAAACGCUUUGCAGGCAGCAGCUUAUAGGGGUAACGAAAAGAAUGUGCAGCUUCUUAUUGAGCAUGGUGCCGACGUCAACGCCCAGGGAGGGUACUACGGAAACGCUUUGCAGGCAGCCAAGAGUGAGGAAGAUCACGGCAUCGUAAAACUCCUUUUAGAGAAUGGUGCCUUGGAGAAGCCCGAGGAGCAAAAAUAA